UCCUAACAUCUCUCCCUCCCCCUCUAAGGUUCCCUACCUCCGCCUCCGCUGCUCCCUACCCUCCUGUCUCUGUCUGGCCAGUUGAACUUCUUUCCUACCUUUUGGCGUCGUUCUUCCUCCCUCCUCGCGUCCCUCUCGUUGCACGUUCGGCGGCCAACCGCAGUCGUCCAGCGCGUUUGCCCUCGUCGCGCGGACCUGCCACUCCGACGGCUACCAGGAGUAGCUGCACGCGCGCACGAGGUGCCUAGGGGCCUGGAGGAGGUCCGAGAAGACACGCCGUAACCACUGGGGCUCGGACAACCGGCGUCGCGCCAAGUGAAGUUGAACGGUCCAGGGGAACCACGAUCGAUCGACGAUCCCUCGUUUUCGAUCGGCCGCGAGACACCCUCAAAGGGGGAGGUUCUCAGGUAUUCUGUGAAUCUAUAUAUUGGAAAGAAGCACCGAAUCGGAAAGGAACUGUGAAGAAGGUGCUUGCGCAGGAAGUGUACCUAAGGUGCGACAGUAGGAGUUUCUGGCGAAUGACAACUGGAAGAGAGUGUUGACACUUGGAGAGGAAGAUCUGAAUGCUGUUGGCACCUACAAAACGAGCUUUGGACGCUAUUGACACCUAGAAAAAGAGGUUCAAAUGCUAUUGACUUUUGGAAAAGGAGGUUCAAGCGCUAUUGACACGUAGAAAAAGAGUUUCAAAAGCUAUCGACAUCUGGAAAAGGAGUUUCGAGCUCUAUCGACACCUGGAAAAGAAACUUCGAACGCUAUCGACACCUAGAAGAGGAGUUUCAAACGCUGUUGACACCUGGAAAAGUUGACAGAGUGAGCCUUGACACGCAAGCUAGAAGUGUAACUUAUAGUCUAUCCCAAGAAACCUUAAGCAAUUACGCUAGAGCAGUUAAGAACCUCCCGACAGAAGAUACAUAGAUUCACAAAAUCUUGAGUAUCAGUGUCGAAGUAAUGGACUCUCGCAGAAGGAAGGAGACGACCUGACGGCGACCUGACGUUCUCCAUCGAAAAACGCUCGAGGAUGACAUUUCGUCCGCGUCUUACGGAACAGUGUCGAUCGAAGAGUCAUUAGAGGAACAAUCGACGAGGUCGCCUUCCGACAGUGUGUUCCAGAGAGAAACUCUAUCGUAGGUGUAUCAUUAUAGAGUCUGGUUUCACCUUCUUCCCGCGCAUUUGCAUCUCGUUGCCGUGAAAGCGGAAUCGCUUCACCCGGGCGCCGAAACGCCGCAAAAGUGUCACGGAGGAUCGUGCCCGAAGAAUUAGGACGUCGUUGGAGAUCGAGCGAUCCGAAGAUUAGGGAGCCAGGAUCGACGGGAACUGUCAGGGCGAACGGCUUCUUCUAACCGCGACGAGGGAAGAAGAUUGGAAGAUUGGAAACGAAUACGCACGGAAAGAAUUGGAGCCCGCUAAGAGAAAAAUCAACAGGUUAUCGGAGAAAUCCUUGGAUCAAUAUGCCGCAUACAGGUCAAGCAGGCGUUAAUCAAUUGGGUGGUGUCUUUGUUAACGGAAGACCGUUGCCCGACUGCGUUCGGCAAAGAAUAGUGCAACUCGCUUUGGUCGGUGUCAGACCUUGCGACAUCUCGAGACAGCUUCUCGUCUCUCACGGAUGUGUAUCGAAGAUCCUGACGAGAUUCUACGAGACGGGGAGCAUUCGACCAGGAAGCAUCGGGGGAAGCAAAACGAAACAAGUGGCCACCCCGACGGUCGUGAAGAAGAUUCUACGAAUGAAGCAAGAGCAACCGACCAUGUUCGCCUGGGAAAUUCGCGAGCAGCUCGCUCGACAAGGAGCCUGUGAUCCGCAAAGCUUACCCUCUGUUUCGUCUGUGAAUCGAAUUCUGCGAGGGGGAGGUCUUCACACAGAUCACGCGGGGAUCGAGAAUGGCUCUCCUAGCACGUACGCUUCACAGGUGUCGCCAAACGUUGCUAACAGAGAGGCGCUGAUGAGAACAGACUACCAGCUAUUUUAUCCAGGAGCCCUGGGACCACUCCACAUUUCCACCACUUCCGGUAACACCGGCGCACCAUCUUGGAAUCCAAGCUUCUACUCGUCCCUGUACCAAGCGACAACGCUGCACUUGCAUCACGGAAUGCAAACGUUCACAUCUUUGGACGUGGAGCGUCUGUCUGAGCAAAAUGGAGCGACGAACCAGGUCGAGCUCAAGUCCAGCUCGAGCUCCAUGGCGGGCAGCGACGACUCCCUGGACAAGAGCGACCUGGACGAGAACACGGAGUCCCAGGACCACUACAAGCCCUUCCAGAAUUCCCCGAUGAUACUAGAACUCGGCCAGAAGAUCGGCAGCGACCGCAGCGCGUUCGUUAGACACAGUACAUCGGGAUCUUCUGGGAGUCCACCGCCGAUCGCAACGGAAAAUCAGAAGAGCAGGAUUCCAGAAACAGGAAACGAACAGAGCACGGCGGGCAAAGAAACGGCGGUCGAAGAGAAGCCUGUGCAACCUCAGAGGAAGAAGAACCCGUACUCGAUAGAGGAGCUCUUGAAGAAGGACGAGAGCAAAACCACCUCGAAGAGGCCGAAAUUGACGAACAUCGGCGUGGUACAACCCUGCGGGAUCGUCCUCAACAAGGAGAUCUGAACGAAGUGGGAUCGUACUUUGGAAGGAACGAGGAUCGUCUAGCGAUAGAGGCUAAGCUAACUAUCUAGAUCGGUGGUUUUUAAACUAAACAGGAUUCAAAGAGUGGUUUUAAUGUGGAAACACGUGGAUGAGUUGAUCUGUAUCAUUUAAAAGAUGUUUGAAUAGCACUGAUCUAGAUUUUGGAUUUCGGUGGAUCAUCGUAUACGCGAGAACCUUGCGGAUAUUUAUGCGUUGUAGACAUUUUUUGAGAAAGAUGGAGGUGUUACUUUAGGACGCAAGAAAUAGAGGCUAGAAGAUAUUAUAGAGAGUUGUAUAUAUCGACGAGUCGCUGAGGAAAUGAGGCAGUGUUUUUCAAACAUAUAACAGUA